AUGUCCAUCACCUGCAGUGACCACAUCGCACGAACGGCGCGACCUACUGCGUCCCAAUCCCAGCCACCGCCAUCGACCCUCCUGCGCAAGGAGACAAGCCGGUGCUCGAGGUCCGUCGCUGGCGCAGGCGACGGUGAGCCGUGUACGAUGCCUGACCCCGCUCAGCGCAUCACUCGCUUCUUCUGCGGCCGAUACGUAGCAUCGUGCCCAGCUUUCCUCGGGUUGCCAGCAGCGAGCCAGCCGGAGUUUCACUCCGUCGCCCUCACUCGCACCCUCAUUCCCUCCUUUCCCUCUGCGGCGACGACAACUGCUGGAACAGCGGCUACCGGCCCACUCACCGCAGCAGGUCUGCCGGUUUCUUCUUCUCUUCUGCUGGGUGGGGGCGCUCAAUCUGCCGCGCCUUCAUCGGUGUCCGCUACUUCCUCUGCGGCCGCUCCCACCAUCACUCUCGCUCCUUCCGCAGCUGGCCCAGCCGCUGCCACAACAUCCACCUCUGCUCCUCAAUCUGGUCUCGCCGCUUCUCCCUCUAUUUCAGCAGCUGGAUCUGCUUCUUCAAGCGCACUCGCCUCUUCCUCUGCGGCCGCUCAGCCUUCUGCCCCUUCUGCGACGUCCAUGGGUAAAAGGCAAAGGAAGGCCACCUCUAGCUCCUCAUCGUCUUCUCUCUCUUCUCUCAGUGCUCCCUUACACGAUGAUGAGGAGUGCGAAGAGAGCAGCGACACCAACAUGGCCGACGAGGAAGCGUCCCAGCAGCAACAGCUCGUCGCCCCGACCGAAGUCAUUACCAUCGAUGACACACGGCCCCGCCACGCAAAGCCAGGGGCAACAACAACGGCAAGAGCAACCGCAACAGCCGCCCAACCAGCCCGCACAGCAGCCCAUCCAGGAGAGCGACGAGGCUAUGCUCACCUCAGAAAGCAAAGGGGAUGCAAGCUCUCGGGGGCGAUGCUCGGCUCACAGCAGAUCUCUCUCACGCUGGCAACGCUGGCAGAGGUGCUCGACGAGCUGGACUCGGCCUCUGGCAGCGAGGCGCCCUCGGAGACGAGCGUGGGCGAGGUCCCCCUCGCAUCCACUCGCACCACGGCGCAGCGGUCGCAGCAGGCCAAGGCUCUGGAGCACAAGGCCUACGCCGGGGCGGGCAUCUUCAACUGGCUGUGCGGUGCUCUGAAGGCCUCGAGGACUCCUGAGGCGGUGCGUGCUGCGCGUCGAGACGUUCGUCUUGCUCUGUGGCGCAAGCCACUCUCGCUGCCGGCGUCGAGGUCGGGGAGCGGGUCGCGCGGGGCCGCUACGGUCGGGCUGCAGCUCUGGAAGCCUGCCCCCUCGUCCGAGGCCUUCAUCGACGUGGUGCUGGCCAGGCUCACCAGCUCCGAGGGCCGCAUGGCGCACAAGGAGGUCAGAGCCGCAUGCAUCCUCGUCAAGCGCGCGAUCCUUGAUCGAAUCGGGCGCAGAAACAAGUCUGCCUUGAGCCUACACAGAUGA